GGGAGUUACAGCAGCUUUGUUGUCUGACAGCAGUAGACUAACGAAGCACAGUUUAGUGAAAAGCAACUGACAUUUAUUUUCACAUUUAUGCAACGUUUAUUAUUUAUGCAGAUAAAACAUUUUUGUAGAAACGUUUGAAAAUUCGUUUUUUGACAACAUUGCAUUUUUUUUCAAUUUAAUAUUUAACAAUGUUUUGGUCGGUCAUCUGCGCAACUUUUCUCCUUGCUCCUUUAGUUUGCGAGGCAAGAACCAAGCGAUAUGUCAUCGGCUGUCCAGAUAAAUGUGACAAAUCUCUAUGUCCCCCGAUCCCUGCGGACUGCAUGGCCGGCGACAUACUUGACCAAUGCGACUGUUGUCCGGUCUGUGCGUCCGAAGAGGGUGAGGCAUGCGGCGGCACAGGGAGAUUAGGGGACCCGGAGUGCGGAGAGGGCAUGGAAUGCUCGAUAACGGACGGAAUUGGGGUGUCCGCCACAGUGAGGCGUCGGGGCAAAAGCGGUGUGUGCGUCUGCAAAGGUUCGGACCCGGUGUGCGGCAGUGACGGGGUGUCCUACCAAAACAUCUGCGAACUGAAGAGAGUGAGUAAUCGGGCUCUGAAGCUGCAGCAGCCACCGAUCAUCUUCAUACAGAGAGGAACCUGUGGCAAAGGCCAGGAGAAUCCAGACAGUCUGCGCCACAGAUACAACUUUAUUGCUGACGUGGUUGAGAAGAUUGCUCCUGCUGUGGUUCAUAUUGAACUCUACCGCAAGAUGGUAUUCUCUAAGCGGGAGGUGGCGGUGGCCAGUGGUUCUGGCUUUGUAGUGUCAGAGGACGGCCUGAUCGUGACCAACGCCCACGUGGUGGCCAAUAAGCACCGGGUGAAGGUGGAGCUGAAGAGUGGCGCUACCUUCGACGCCAAGAUCAAAGACGUGGACGAGAAGGCCGACAUCGCCCUCAUCAAGAUCGACGUCCCGAUGAAGCUGCCGGUGCUGCUGCUGGGUCGUUCAGCUGACCUCAGGCCUGGUGAGUUUGUGGUGGCCAUCGGCAGCCCCUUCUCCCUGCAGAACACGGUCACCACAGGUAUCGUCAGCACCACCCAGAGAGGAGGCAAGGAGCUGGGCCUGAGGAACUCUGAUAUGGACUACAUCCAGACGGACGCUAUCAUCAACUAUGGGAACUCUGGCGGACCCCUGGUCAAUCUGGACGGAGAGGUGAUUGGGAUCAACACACUGAAGGUGACAGCAGGAAUCUCCUUCGCCAUCCCCUCAGACAAGAUCCGUCAGUUCCUGGCAGAGUCCCAUGACAGGCAAUCUAAAGGGAAAUUAUCAACAAGUAAGAAAUAUAUCGGUGUGAGGAUGAUGACUCUCACACCAAUGCUUGCAAAGGAGCUGAAGGAGAGACAAUCAGACUUCCCCGAUGUUACCUCAGGGGCAUAUGUCAUCGAGGUCAUCCCAAAAACACCAGCUGAGACAGGUGGCCUGCAGGAGAGUGAUGUCAUAAUCACCAUCAACAGCCAGCGAAUCACCUCGGCCAGUGACGUCAGCAGCUCCAUCAAGAGGGAAGACACGCUGCGGAUGGUGGUCCGGCGGGGGAACGAGGACAUCAUGCUCACCGUCGUCCCAGAGGAGAUUGACCCUUGACUUCUCAGCAACCACGAGCUGGUUCUCAGUGUUGAAAAUCACGGACCUUAAACCGGGUGUGUCUGGAGCCACACCCUACCUUAGAACCUGUAACUACUAGUGUCUCCCCCCCUCCACUACCCUCAAACUACAGAGGUCUGUGAGGCCCACACCUAACCCUCUGGGAGCUCAAAUAUGUCCAGGUUAAUAAAGACAUAUUUUAGCACCCCUGCUAGUUUUUUAGUAUUAUUUGUCCUCAUGUAUGAGUCAAAAAGAUACUUCCACACUCAUUGAAAUUGAUUAUUGCCAUCACGUUUGUUUUUAUACUCUAUUAACGUAACGUAACGUUCCUUGCACAGAGAACCCUCCUCAGUCAGAGAGAAGAAGUGAAGGGUGUCCUUAAUCUGGUUUGUUGUUGAUAUUGUUGAUGUUUUUUAAUUGUAUGUUUUGACCACAAUUUC